AUGGGUUCUUUAAAGAAGAAAGAUGAUGAUGAUCUUCUCCAUAACUCCUCCAACACUCUGAAAACCCACUUUUCCAACUUUAUUAAUCAAAUUAAUCCCAAUAAAUUAUUAUCAACCCCUAAUUUUUGUUCACUUUUUCCAAAAAACAAUUGCAAUGAUCAGGCCUUGCCGACGGCCGAAAUCAAGAAGCGGCUGGCCGGAAUCCGUGCCUAUAAGAUAACCGACCGUUAUAACACUAACGUCGCGUGCGUCGGAGAAAAUAGAGGCAUUAAGCUGUUGUACCUUGGUGAACAAGAUGCUCACUCUUUCUUGAAUAGUGUUGAAUCUUUGGGCGAUAAAGUGUACAUGCAUGUAGAUGAUUUAAGAGUCUAUGAUACACCUAUUACUGAGAUUCUCGAUGUGGGAGUAGACGACCCUCCAAUGAGGCUGGUACCGGAGUUGUUACAAGUAAAGCAUGCCAUUGAGUCGGAUGGUUUGUCGCUGGAUGAUGGUAGAGGAAAGAGAUAUUGCCCUUGUUACUUAAGAAAGGAGGACCUUGAAUUCACUCGUUCUGCAGUAUUAACAAAGAGUGACUUGUUGGUAGACAAAAUUAAGGAUGGCUCAAUAUCAAAGUCAAAUAAUAUAAUUAUUGCGGGCCCCGGCAUGUCAUGGCGAUGGUUUGACGACCAAAAUCAGAAGAAGUGA